ACACUAGUUCCGCCAUUUUAGCGUUGCAUAUGCCGUGUCCGUAGACGAUUUAUAAAUUCGUGAAUUUUGCCAGCAAUAUAAAAUGCAAACACAUUGAGUGUGCGAACAAUUGCCGCUUGAUCUACUGCCAAGAGGUUUCGUGUGUUUUCUUACAGCUCUGGCAACGUAGUCAGCCUAAAGUUGUCAAGGGAGUUUUUGCGAGGAAUCAAUAGGAAGAAAAAACAAAAACAACGCGAGGAGCAGCCGCAGCCAAGGGAGUGGCGCGUCAACAUGAGUUUCUCCAGCGACGAGGUCAACUUUUUAGUUUUCCGAUAUCUACAAGAGUCAGGUUUUAAGCACUCUGCCUAUGUGUUUGGCAUUGAAUCGCACAUCUCGCAAAGCAAUAUCAAUGGCGCCUUAGUACCGCCUGCUGCAUUAUUAACCAUACUGCAGAAGGGUUUGUUGUAUACUGAAGUUGAGUGGAGCGUGACCGAAGAUGGCGAGGUAGCGCGUCCCAUUGAAGGUCUAAGUCUGAUAGAUGCGGUAAUGCCAGAGGCUAAGCCGCCCAAGCCCACAAUUAAAACGGAGCCAGGAAAGCCUGGUGGUGAUACCAAUGCGACAGGAGCUGGCAAUACCAACAGCAAUGUUAAAACGGAAAUUAAAAUAGAGCCGGGCACAGGUAAUGCAGUAGCAGCAGGCAAUGCUGCCAAAAACUCCACCACAAAUACCGGAACCAGCACGCCCACAAACAGUGGCGGGGAAUCCAGUGAAGUGGAUUCCAGUGGCAAUGGAAGCUCCAAUGCCAGCGUUACGGUCGGCGGCAUUACUAAUGCAACCGGCUCAGUUGCAAAUGCAACCAGCAACGCUACUGCGACGGCGGGAGCAGCAAACAGCGGAAAUGCAGACACAGCAAGUGGAGUUAACGCCAACACAGGCGCAGCGAAAAAGAGCGAAGUCGGCAAUGCCACCAGCACAGGCAAUACAAAUGCCAGCAGCACAGACGAUGCCGCCUCAUCUACAUCCACCAAUGGCAAUAGCAACUCAAGCAGCGUAGAGCAGUCCACGCCCGCUGUCCCUCCAAGCUCUGCGGAUGUUACAGCAGCAGCAGCAGCGCCUACAGCAGCCAAGGCUACAACGGGCGCUACCGGUGGUAAUGGAGCGCCACGCGUGGGCGCCAACAAUGUGCAGUCUACGUGUCCUGCGGCAGCACAAAGUGCUGUGGCCAGCAGCACCACCUCCAGUAGUGGAGGCGUUGGCAGCAACGCUGGCAGCGGCACACCUGGCAGCACCAGUGGUGCCGGCAGUGUCGAGGCCAUGGAAAUUGAUCAAAGCAUAGAGAUACCCGAGAGCAAGGCGCGAGUUCUGCGUGGACACGAGAGUGAAGUGUUCAUCUGUGCCUGGAACCCCAGUAGGGAUCUUUUGGCCAGUGGCUCUGGCGAUAGUACAGCACGCAUUUGGGAUAUGUCGGAUGCAAAUGCGAAUUCCAAUCAGCUUGUGUUGCGGCACUGCAUACAAAAAGGUGGCGCCGAAGUGCCCAGCAACAAGGAUGUCACAUCGCUGGACUGGAAUUGCGACGGCUCCUUGUUGGCCACUGGCAGUUACGAUGGUUAUGCGCGUAUUUGGAAGACAGACGGCAGAUUGGCUUCCACGCUGGGUCAGCACAAAGGUCCCAUAUUUGCGCUGAAGUGGAACAAGAGCGGCAAUUAUAUACUCUCAGCGGGCGUGGAUAAAACCACCAUUAUAUGGGAUGCGUCGACGGGUCAGUGUACGCAACAGUUUGCAUUUCAUAGUGCGCCCGCGUUGGAUGUGGAUUGGCAGUCGAAUCAAUCGUUUGCCAGCUGCAGCACAGAUCAGCGCAUACAUGUGUGUCGUCUGGGCAUGAAUGAGCCCAUUAAGACGUUUCGCGGGCAUACAAACGAGGUGAACGCCAUUAAAUGGUGUCCCCAAGGCAUGUUGCUGGCCUCCUGCUCAGAUGAUAUGACACUGAAGAUCUGGAGCAUGUCGCGAGACCGUUGCUGUCAUGAUCUGCAGGCGCAUUCCAAGGAGAUAUAUACGAUAAAAUGGUCACCCACUGGUCCAGGCACCAACAAUCCCAAUACAAAUUUGAUACUUGCCUCGGCGUCGUUCGAUUCCACAGUGCGACUGUGGGAUGUGGAACGAGGCAGCUGCAUUCACACAUUAACCAAGCAUACGGAACCAGUUUAUUCCGUUGCCUUCAGUCCGGAUGGCAAGCAUCUGGCCUCGGGCAGCUUUGACAAGUGUGUGCAUAUCUGGAGCACUCAGACGGGACAGCUGGUGCAUAGCUAUAAGGGCACCGGUGGCAUCUUUGAGGUUUGCUGGAACUCUAAGGGCACCAAGGUGGGCGCCAGUGCUUCCGACGGCAGCGUUUUUGUCUUGGAUCUGAGGAAGUUCUGAUCGACGGUGGAACCCGCUACUCCGAUCAGCAACAACAACCAGCAGCAGCAGCAACUUUUAGGUUAUGUUUAUUAAUUAAACGCUUUCGCUUUAUGUUUAACAGUCCCUCCUCCCCUUAAUCCUCUUUUUGUCAAGCGCUGAACUCUUGGCGUUCCGCUUGCUCUCUUAGCCUUAAGCUCCAAAUGUUUCUAAGCAUACAUUUUUUAUAUACAAACCGUAACUUUUUGCAUUUUGUUUGUCGUUCCGUAAAGUUUACACAACGCUAGUUUAAUUGUUAAGACCCCUCACCCCUCCUUCCAUCAUUGAGCAUAUGUACAAAAUGCAUGGAAGAGUUAGUCGCCAGGAUUGGAAGCGCUAUCCCACAUACGUUAAAUAACCGUCACCGCAUACAUUCAAUACAGUGUAACUGCCACCUCCUCAGCCCCCAAAAUCUAGUGUGUAAUAAUCCCCCAAUAUUGAUAAUGAUAAUGGAUUGCGACAGAUAAGCUAUAAAAAUUAAAGAUAUAAAGAUAUAUAUAAAGUUCAUAGAGUUGUGCUGUUUUGAUAUGUCUUAAGAAA